CUGGUACAUCUUUUCUUUUUCUCUGGAUCAAGUAUCUUUAUAAAUUUAGAAGGGUUUUGUUGAGGUUAUGCUGAUCAUGACGACGGACUUCAGCUACAGUUAUCACAGACUUGUCUUAUAGUAUUGGUUGAUCUUAACCAAACUCCUCUAUCUACACUACAUUCGCAUAAAACAUCUGAAAAUCUUUGUUUGUCGGGCAAAGACUACCUUUGACUGUGGUACCAAAGCACCAGAGUUUAUUGUUUGAAGAUUUCAACUCUGCCAAGUAUCUGAAAUGGCUGAACAUUUCACAGAUGAAGAAAUAGAAGAUUUCAAGAAUGCCUUCCAACUCCUGGACAGGGAGGAGAAUGGCUUGAUCCCAUUCAAGAAGAUCGGAUUCCUACUCCGUUCUGUGGGUGAGAACCCUACCGAUUCUAAGAUGAAUGAGAUCAUCAACGAUCUCCACGACGCCAAUGGUUUCGUGCGUGGCCGUUGGAUCGACUUCACUGACUUUCUCCUCAUCAUGUCGGAGAUAAGAAAUGAAGAUGAGAAAAACAUCAUCGCCGAUGUAUUUAGAGUCUUUGAUAAGGAAAAUACAGGAAUCAUGAAGAAAGACGAACUUCGAAUGGUUCUCGAAGUUUUGAAAGAUGACGUCAUCCAAGAGGAUAUCCCCGAGAUGCUUGCCGAUUUGGAUCUCGAUGACAAUGGUGAUAUAUCCUUCGAAGAACUAGCUGCUGUCAUGGACUUUAACAAGAAAUCGGCGAAUGCACAUGAAUCAAGCAGUGAGACGGGAUCAUCCACCCAGGAGGCUGGAACAAGUAAUUAGUAGCGAACGAAACUAUGCAAACGUGUACAUCAUGCUCCACCACGCGUGUCUUCCUCAGUUUUUGAUAAUUUCGUGGUUUUUCGGUCAUUAUUGUACUGACAACAAUACAACUGACAUGUUGUGGGAACAUUGCAACCCAGAUCGUCAUGAAAGGAAACCUAACGAUUGUGAGUAUUUCCUUCUGACUGAAAUAAACUCACAUUGACGAGACUUUGUGGAUAAGUGUUCAAAUUGGUGAUGGAAAUGUAUCUUUUGUCUAUUUUCAUCUAUUUCAAGAACGACGAAAUCAAAAUACGUGGCGUUAUAAUCGAGUUUGUAUCUGUAUUAAAUGAAUCAAUGUUUAAGAAAGAACACUGCUAUAUUCCACUGGAUGCUUUUCAAAUUGUAGAUAAUAUAACGACAAGUUAAGCUGUCUAAGCGUAACAAAAUACUUUGAAUUUUAAUCUAUGCUUGGUGUAUAUAAUAUUAUACGCGCUGUCAAUUCCUUUUAAUACAUGCGGGUAUGCCUUUUAUUUAAGUAAAUGGCUUCGCGAUGUAAACUUGUAUCGCCAAAAUGAAUACAAAUUUUGAUUUUGAAAACUGAUACAAAAAUCUGCUAUUAUCAAGUACAUAAUUAUGAUUGACCUGUCUCAAGAAGUGUAAAUCUUUUUUUUGUCGAACAUAAUGAUGCGUAAUCUUGAGCUCCGAAAUAAUGUCUAAGGAAACAUUAGCGAAAAGAUAAUUCUUCGAAAUAAAUUGAAUGUUACUUUAAUGUUAAGCUCCCUGAAGAUUACCUCAUUUUUUUCUUUAACAUCAGACCGAGAGAAGGCUGAAUAAUCUUUACGUUACACCAACUUGCCGAAAUUCGGUCGGGUUUUCAAUCGGUUUGAAGUCGGUUUGGCGAUGUGACUGAAGUGUUAGAUAAUCUGGUUGCUUUGGUGUUACAGACUGUGUGUUAA